UCAGUGAUAAUGAAGAAUUACUAAUAGUAUGUGCAAAUAAUAUAAAAACCAAAGAAACGCAUUUCUAUACCUUUUCCACUGAAACUGGUAUUCGACUAAUAAAUUUCACUUUGAUCGCUUUUACAAAAGGAGAAAGAUUAUUACGAAUAUACACCAAUUUAGUUAGUCUAGAUAAACGUUAUAUUUUAAUGGAUCCUUACAAUUUCACAAAUCUAGUGA